CAGAGAGAAAAAGAACAAAGAAAAAGAGACGGAAAGAGAAAGAGAGCGAGAAGAAAGAUGGAGAUGAGCUUGGCCUCAAGGCCUUUAAGCUUCAACAAUGGCGUGCUUCGCACCCGUUUUCCGAUUUCAACCUUCGAGAAGACUUUUCUUCCCAGUAGUAGCACUAGUAACAGUAAUAGCAGCCCCAGUAGUCUCACUGGCUGUCGCGAAGGAAGAAGAAGAAUAAUUGCCUUUCCGGUGAUUACGGCCUCGAAAACGACGCCGUCCUCGAGACAAACCUUGUCCAGUCACUGGGAUGUCAGCCAGGAUUUGCGCUCUGUAACUUCGUCUCCAUGGAUGCCCAGAUUGGAAGACCUCGAUACUACAAAUAUGAUUCUUCGUCAGAGGAUUAUCUUCUUGGGCUCUCAGGUGGAUGACGUGAUAGCAGAUUUUGUGAUAAGCCAGCUUUUGUUUCUGGAUGCUGAAGAUCCUAAAAAGGAUAUUAAGCUGUUUAUCAAUUCACCCGGUGGAUCUGUUACUGCUGGAAUGGGAAUAUAUGAUGCCAUGAAACUAUGCAAGGCAGAUGUUUCAACUGUUUGCCUAGGGCUUGCAGCAUCCAUGGGCGCGUUUCUUCUUGCUUCUGGUACAAAAGGAAAGAGGUUUUGCAUGCCCAACGCCAGAGUUAUGAUUCAUCAACCACUUGGCACUUCCGGAGGCAAAGCAACGGAAAUGAGUAUACGAAUUAGAGAAAUGGUGUACCAUAAAAUUAAGCUGAACAAGAUACUCUCAAGAGUCACAGGGAAGCCUUUAGAGCAGGUUGAAUUGGAUACAGAUCGUGACAAUUUCAUGAAUCCUUGGGAAGCAAAGGAAUACGGAUUGAUCGAUGAGGUGAUUGAUGACGGGAAGCCCGGAUUAGUUGCACCAACUGCGGAUGCAGCUCCUCCACCAAAAACAAAGGUGUGGGAUAUGUGGAAAGUUGAGGGGAGCAGAAAAGCUAAGAAGAAUUUGCCGUCCGAGAGUAAGAUUCUAGAAAACGGAUCUAAAGGCGGCCAAUCAGAAAAGGAGACACCUGCGUCCGUGUGAAGCAUGAGACAAGGCUUGUUUGUGCGUUACCAUCACUCAGUGGAUGCAAACAACUACAUUGUUUGACCUCUAAAGCAGUCUUGAUAUAUGAGAUCUCUCAAGGUUUUAUCAGUUAAUGGAUAAAAUAUUUGGAGGAUCAUAAUCUUUAGUAACUUUUUACGUGGUGGAAAUGUUAAAAAGAGUUCUCGUGGGAAAAAAAGAAAGAAAGAAAGAGGGGUUAUGUAUGGAGGGGAGAUGACAUGCCUUUGUUAUGUACUUUAUGGGAAGAAGCGUAUCCAAACACAAACUUGCUUUUGUGCUAGUUGAAAUCUAGGUGCAUUGCAGAUUAUUUCGUCUGUUCAAGUUUUGGCUAUGGUGUUAUUA